AUGACAGCCGUGAACGCCCCGAUCUUUUACAAGCGGGGUAGGGUCAAGCUGCGAGGAUUGGUGAGCCAACCAUCAUUGAAUGGCUGGUUCGCCACAGUUCUGGCUGACUGCCGGGAGGGUCGAUGCCAGGUGCAGUUGGAUGGGCAUGAGAAAAAGGCUGGGAAGCGCAUCGACCCUAGCAAUCUUGUCAGGCUGCAUGAGGAGAUGCCGAGCGCCGCAUUUAUAGAUAUUCCACAAGCCUGCAUUGGGAGGGUGGAUGGAAACACGGGCUCCUUUGGGGUGCAUGGCCUCACAACGAGCAACAUUGGCCAAUGUGCCAUUUGCGUCAUUCUAGGCUCGUCUCGCGGCUCAUUGACCCAUGUGGACAAUGCCAUCGACCUGAGCUUCUUCCAGACGGAAGCCGAGUGGGACCUGAGCGUGGAGCUGCUGGCCGGGGGGCCUGCUGCAGGCCCAAAGAUUGCCCUCAACCUAAAGCCUGACUUCAUAAAACAACAUCCUGUUGCCGUAGCCAUCACCUCUGCGACGAAAGCCUGUGACCAUGUGAAGCUCUUGGGCUUGGGCUUACCAGAAGCACGUCUUGUUUUCGACUGUUGGCACUGGUGCCAAGUCGACACCAAGGGUAUCUUACCAGAGAAGGUCAGGAACUUCAUAAACAGGCUUCCCAUUGCCUCAGGGUUGCGGCCAUUUCUGGAGGCGCUGCGGCAGGAGUUUGCACAACAUCUUAAGCAACCUGUGAUAUGGAAUAAUCUACAAAGACUCAUGGGCAUGCCAGCAGACGCAGUCCUGAAAAUCCAGCUGGGCAGUGGAAGAGACCAUGAUCGCUGUUUGUUUUUGGCCAACGUCUUGCGCCUCAGGGACGACAGCGAAGGCCUUCACCAGUUCGUGGUUAAUAGCAUCGUCCGCUGCGUCAAAGAUGUGUCGACUGGAUCUUCAGAGGUUCUUAUUGGCAGGCUGCAGGAUUCGGCGAAGGAUUGCACAACUGAGGAAUUUAUUUUCGAAGCUAUAUGA